UGUCCAUCGGCGUUUGCGGUGUGUCAGUGUAUGUGUGUGUGUGUAGUUGUGUAUUUUUAUCGUGGGUCUACAAUUCGCCGUCAAGCAGUGGUGCUAAACCGUCGCCGAACAUUGGGAAGCAUCCUGUCUAGCUCCUUCCGUCCAGUUUUUGCUCUCGCUUGCUUUGUCUAUCAUUAUCAUUGCAACAGACAAAAAAGCAGGUGCGGGAGCGUGUGUGUUUGUACUUAAUAGCCCGCGAAGGUAAUGUGUGGCAGUGUGUAUGUGUGUGUGCACCUUAAUGCGAGUUGCUUGCAACGAACGGCACAGCGCCUCUACACAACAAACCUAUCAACGCUGGCUGGCCGGAAGGGAAGCGACGAUCCAUCCAGCCGCAAACAGGGCAGUACAGGUGUGUGAGUGUAUGGCUGUGUGCUGUGCGACGAUCAAAGCAAGCGGCGAACGAACGAAAACGAACAUUAGAACGUGUGUUGUGUUGUACGAUCCACGAUUGCACGGUGCUUCCCCUUACUACGUGUACGUGUGUCCGUGUGUGUCGUUGUGUGUGCUAUUGUGUCCGAUGACAACACGCGUCAGCCUUUGCUAUUUAUCAUCCGACACAGAGUGAGCGCGGGCGCGCGCGCGAGAGAGAGAGAGCACGAGCAGUAGGCGCUUUGUUUUCCAUUCCAUUCGCUGCGGCGGCGGUGUGAAGGUGGUUUGGUUUUGAUGUUGCUUUUGCCUUGUUUUUGCAGACCAUUUUAGAACGCGCGCGUUCCGUGUUUCCCAAGCCCCAACUUCGUCAGCCACUCAUCUAUUCUUUGAUUGUGUGUGUGUGUGUGCAUCUAUGUGUGUGUCGCGUUUGACAGAUUUGACAGUUCGCUCGAGCAAUAGAGGCAGCAGAAGCAGCAGCAACAACAACAACAACACGACCACCAUCGCCAAAUAGAGGCAGCAGCAAGCAAAAAAAACAUUGCAAACGAAAGAAAGAGAAAGAGAGUCUAUAUAUAUAUGUGUGUUUGUAUGUGCGAAAUAGAAAAGCAGAGCGGAAGACGGGUAAAGUCGUGAGUAAUCAAUUCGCGCAACAUUUUUCGGCUGCCCAGUAUCGUCGCGUGCGUUUGCGUGUGUGUCUAUCGAGUUUUCUUUCGUUCGCGUUUUUCUUUUUAUUCGCCACCCUCCCGGUCGUCGUAUCAACCUCCCCCCGGCAGGCGGUUGCCCUGGUUCUGGGAGGGUUUUUCUUUUUUUUUUGUUUCAAUUAUUGUACUGGUUCUGUGCUGAAUGUGUGUGAUCUGAUAUUGCAAAAAAGGUGCAAUCACAACACGGCCCAACAGUGCUUCCCACACAUACACAUACACACACACACACGCGCGCGCACGCAGUGUACCGUGAUCCCUCUAUCGGAAGAGGUUGUCCUCCUUCGCCGUCCGCUCUCACGUUUUGCGUAGUGAAGUAGCUGUAGUACGCCCACCACCAUCACCACCAUCGACAUCUUCGCGCCCCGAACAGUUGGAAGACGAUCGUGCGCAGGAAAAGUAAAGGAAAAAAAGAGGGACACGUCGUCGAACGUCUCAGACAGUACCGAAUUUGUCAUACAAUAAGCGUGUGGAAACAAUAUACACACGCACACACCAACGCGGAUCGUUGUAGGAAGUGGCAGCAGCAGCCCGUUUUUAGGUAGCAGCGCUCUGGAAGGUUGCGCGAGCUUGUUUCGGGGGGACCCUUGCAGCUGGCUGUAAAGUGCACUGACACAGACACACACACAGAGACGUGCGCAUACACUCGAUCUACAACUUAUCUGUCCCCCUCCCACCCCCACCCCUCGCCCUUCGUCGGAACGCUGUGUCACCGAGUCACAAGCGAUCGGCGACCUUCACUGUGUGCGCACCGUUUUGCUCGAUGCGUAUUGCUGCGAGAGCCCCCGCGAGAGCCUCCUGCUGUGCACUUGCACUUGCGCCCGUUCGCAUCAGCUGCCCGCCACCACCACCACCACCCCCAGCCAGCUGUGAUCGGUUAGCUCUGAUGGAGAGGAAUCUCUAAUGCUACAUCAUAAUCUGCGCUACACACCGACAUCAGCUCGAGAUGCGAUACUUCACGCGGAACUUUAAUGCCUUCGCCUGCUGCUGUUCGCUGCUGCUCCUACCGCUCGGCGGCCUUGCCGAUGUGGAGCGGGGCGCCCCGGAAGCCCCGGCGAAGGCACCCAUCCACCAACACCAACAACACCAUCCCCACCAGCAGCCCCAAUCAGUCAAACUCCAUCAACCGGCGGUGCCGUCCUCCGCCGCCUACCAUCAACCAGCACCCGGCACCGGUGCCGCCCAGCAUCCGGAUGGGCCAGCGCCGCAACAGCCGGCCCAUUACCAUCAGCAGGCGGCGGCAGCGUCCGCGUCGUCCGAUCGGUCCCUGUCCCGGCAGCCGCCCUCCUCGCUGGCGGCCACCUCGGCGCCACCCCGGCCGCUCGAAACGCGCAACUCCUACACCGUGCUGAGCCAAGCGAUGUCCCAGGCAGUGCAUCACGAAUUCGAUUUCCUAUUUCUCAUUUCAGGCACGUACGGGAGCGGGGCGAUGGCCGGCGAUGCCGGCAGUGCCUGCACGAUCGACGACAUCGACUGUCUGGCGCACCACGACCAGCUCGGGAUGGAAGCGAUCCGUUCGUUGCAUCAGCAGCUCGAUGACGAUGAUAACGGUGACAUCGAUCUUUCCGAAUCUGACGACUUUCUGAGGGAAGAACUGAAGUACGACUCGGGCUACGAGAAGCGCCACAAGGCGUUCCAUUUCAACGACGACAUGCACAUCUCGGUGAAGGAGCUGUGGGAAGCGUGGCUCCGAUCGGAGGUGCACAACUGGACGGUGGAUCAGACGACCGAGUGGCUGGCGCAGAGCGUCCAGCUGCCCCAGUACGUGCCCCUGUUCCGGCUGCACAAGGUGACCGGGAAGGUGCUGCCCCGGCUGGCCGUGAACAACAUGCACUACGUCAGCAACGUGCUCGGGAUAAAGGAUCCGAUUCACAAGCAGAAGAUAGCGCUCAAAGCGAUGGAUGCCGUCCUGUUCGGGCCACCGCGUGAAACUGGAACCCGGUGGAAAGAUCUGCUGCUCGUCACGCUCCUUCUGACGGCCAUCAUAGGCAGCUGGUAUGCGUAUCAUCAGAACAAGAGCGCCAAAAUACACAUCCGCCGCAUGGCGAAGGAUGUGGAGGGUUUGCUGAAGGCGGAAGUCGCCCUGAAAGAGAUGCAGAAGGAGCUGGAACAGGCCCGGAUCGAGCAGGAGAACGUGGGCAAGGAAAAGAUGGACCUCGAGCGGCGCCUCCGCGAGGCGCCGACCCUGUCCUCCUCCAGCUCCGACCUGGAGCUGCAGCAGCUGAAGCAGGAGAUCGAGGUGCUGCGGUCCGAGCUGAACCGGGCGGAGGUGGAGAUCCACGACCACUGCUGGACGCCGCCGCAGGGGCUGCAGAGCUGGCUGCAGCUGACGUACGAGCUGGAGAACAAGCACCACAUCCGCAAGCGCAUCAUGGCGGAGAAGCAGCUCGAGCAGGCGCGGGAAGCGUGCGAGAAGCUGCGCAAGAAGCGCUCCAGCCUGGUCGGUGCGUUCGUGUCGACGCACGGCAAAAGCAUCGACGACGUCGACCGGAGCAUCGUCGAGGCGCGGAACGCGCUCAACGACGUGACGAACGAUCUGCAGGAGCGGAUGCACCGGUGGAAGCAGAUCGAAACGAUGCUCGGGUUCGGCAUCGUCAACAACAGCGGCAUCGCGCACCUGGAGAAUCUGCUCUACAAUCGCAACGGCGUCGCCGGCAAAACGUACCGAUCGCGACUGUCGAGUAGCCAGGACGAUCUGGACGAUGAUUCCGUGCAAGCCUCUUUCAAAUGGCCCGAGCUGAUAGCACGGACCUGGUCGCCCUGGAAUCCCCAACGGUACCUAUUCCACCGUCAGCUUCAACAGUCUCGACGCCCGCGUCGUUCGCACCGGGCGCCGGUGGCGGCGGCGUCGUUGUUGUCGCUGGCAGCGCCGGCCCCUACCACCAGCAGCAUGUGCAGCACCAGCUCCAGCAGCGGUUCGUCGACGGUAAAGUUCCACAGCAACAGCAGCAGCAGCAUCAACAGCACGGGCCGGAUCUAUACCAGCCUGCUCGGCGAAACGGAGGCGGCAGCCAGAAGUCUGCGCCGGUGGCCCUCGGAGACCCAGUCGCUGCCGGCGGUGGAGGCGGCGGCGGCGGCGGCAUCGGCUUCGGCGCCGGCGGCACCCUGCCCCAGCUCGACGAUGCCGGCUCGACGGACUCGUCCCUGUUCGACGAGGACGUUAAGAAGCGCCCCCGGAAGCUGUUUUCUUUCGGGAAGCGGUUUGCCAAGUCGAAGAAGCAGCAAUAGCAGUGUCAGCAGCAGCAGCAGCAGCAGCAACAACAACAGCAACAGCUGCAGCAAGGACGCCAACAGCGCGCCGCCGGGCGGGAACGUUAACGCUCAGAAACUGGACGACGACAUGCCGCGGCCCGGCCAGCGACGACGCCGGCACCAGCGACGACGAUCGUGGUUCACAUCAUCACGGCAAGGGGACAGCACCAGCAACAGCACAGGCGUACGACGGUUCCCACCGACGGACACCCAUUUGACAUAGUACUUCCGUUACUUAGGUUUUUAGAGUCUACAGUUCUUAGGGCUAACUUAACUUAAGGCUUUUUACACACCCAUACACAAAAAAUCACACACACACAAAACACAUCAAAACUCGCACGCGGUACCGUAUGCGAUAUAGGGGGAAACGGGAAAGGGAAUACACUCGAAAAGGGGCAGCUCAGCUUGGGCAGCCGGGUUGUGUCUAGACACCCAGAAGCUGCGCGCGAGAGCGUCCCUCCGACACCAAACGGCUGCAGGAAUCUUUGACCAAUAUUUAUUGACUUUGAUAUAUGUUAGGUUAUGGUUUAGCUUUCUCCCGAGCUUGAGGAAGAGCGGGGUUAAGUUUGCUGGUAGAAACGGUAAGCGGAGCGAAAAAAACAAAGAGGGAAAGAGUAGAAAGAGCCGCUUUUAGUUGCGUUUGUGUGUCUGUAGUCUUCCGCAAAACUGUUUCCGACACGGAAGUAGCAAAUGGGGGGAAUGAGGGGGGAGGGGAUGCCAUUAGAACCACUUUUUGUAGGUGAAUCUGGGGAAAAAUGUAACGUCUUCUAACGAUGAGGGGGCGGAGGAUGGAGCUCGAAGGGAGCGAAGAAUACACUUUUUUUCGUUUUGUUUUUACUCGCGCUCUGACACCGUGCGCGACAUUCGGUACACUUGCUUUAAUAAUGUGAGACUGCCAAUCCACGUACUUUUGUGACCGUGACGUGACCGUGACCGUAUGUGUUGUGACGUGUGUAACUGGGGGAAUGGGGGAAUGCACAAAGGGUAAGCGUGCAAGGCACGUUUGUCAAUUCCCGGCCGGUUGUGUAGUAGCCAUUUUAUGUAGAUAGGAACAAAUAUGGAUGUGCGCCGACGAUAGUGGAGUGGAAGGAGUCGACGGGGACUAUUUAGCCAAUCGGAAGUCAUUAGAUAAAACAAUGCAAACACACACACACACACAAACGCACAGCAAAUCUUAGAUAAAAUAGUUACAUUGCGCACACAUAUUAAUAUAUACACUAUACACUCAACAACAAAAAAAAAACAACCUUAAAACGUUAUCCGAAAAGUCUGACCAAAUUCUAACGGGAGUGAAGCAAAAAAGGACCGUAAAAAGGAAACUAUACACAAAUGGCCCGCUAAACGAAGCAAAACAGGUGGCAGGUGGCAGAAACGAACGCUAAAGUCAAUAACUAAUGUAGGUGUACUGUGUCUAGUAGGGCGCAAGCAAAGGACAAACAAUUCAACGGAAGGAAGAAACGCAAGCAAAAGGCGCAUGGUUGAGGUUGCGUGUGGCGAGACCGUACAAAACCGUACAAAAAAAAAUAACACCCCGUUGCUGUAGGUUUAGUGUAGUUUCGUUUCUGUUUUAUACAACUACCUACUACUACCUAACCCCCCCACAACCACAGCCCUGAUCUCACGUCCCCAUUCCCUUCGUCUCGCAUUAUGAGCACCUGUCUAGCGACACAACGCAAAACAGCACGCAGAUUUUUUUUUUCUUAAGUAAAGGACACGCUUAGCACGCCGUUAGGAUGUUUGUGUACAGGGUUUUCCAGGGGUUCUUAUAGUUGUGAGACACUUCCUUGACUCUUUCCUAUGGGAAGUGAACAUCAUAUGAUGGAAAAUGGAAUCCAUGGUACCCUUGAUGGAAAUUCAUAUUGGAUUUGUCCAACAAGGGUGAUAUUGAGUCCAAUUCCCAUUCAAUUAAGUUCAUUUCACGUUAGAAGGAGUCAUUAAAGUGUCCCACACCCUUGAGAACUCCUGGAAAACAAUGUAAAACACUAAGCUUUAUUGUCUAAAGAUUGUCUAGCAAAGUUGUUGGGGUUUCGUUUGCGCUUACUAUCUCUCUCUCUCCCUCAACGGUUGUUAGCGUAUUUGAUAUACGCAACGCAGCUAUUUAUUUAUUGCAUCAAACCCCUGGACUAUUGCUUUUUUUGCGCGCACAAACAAUGAUCAGCACACUUAUGUGUUUGCACCAUGGCACGUACGUUUUUUUUUGUCUAAGAUGGCGUUUUGGGACGUUUGUCUUUUUCUUAACUGUUCCAUCCUUAGGCUGCGGAUCUGUCUUCAAUGCUGUUGUUGUUUUUUUUUUUGCACUGUUCACAACAACAAAGGGACAAAGGCACAAUAGGAAUGCGCACACAUACUUACCUUUACUUAAUGUACGCACACGUAUGGGGAUUACCGUGGGGGAGGCUCUCUGGCACAGCAAAACACGUUGUGGACCGUAGCGCGGUCUGCAAUGUGUCGUGCCGCCGUGAUCUGUUUGUUAGUUGUUUUUUCCUCUUUUUUCUCUUUUUCAUCUUCUUUCUUUCUCUUCCAGUGUGUAACAUUCCGGCAUUAUCGAUAGUGAAUCGUUGUACGGUUAUGUUUUGUUACUUCUGAUCAAAACGUUGUUUACGCACGGUCCGGCAAUGAAAUAUGCGUCUUGGGUGGGGGUAGUGGUGGUGGCCUUUCGUGGGUGGUGGUGGGUUGUUUUGGAGUGGGUUUUCAUACACACUCACACAAAAAAAGGAGACACACAAUACUUAACAAAUAGAAUCACACAUUAGCAGCCUGCUUUACUUAACAAACUAAUAGAAUUAUAAGAAACGGUUCAAAAAACGGCGCAAGCGAUUUUAAAAAGGCAAACGGUGUUUUUGAGGGUUAUCAAAAAAAAAAAAAAACGAAGG